AUGGCAGUCGACAGGUUAAUAUGGAAGAUUAUACUGGAUUUCCUUGUCCUGGCGUGCGUCGCCUUCCCGAUCCUGGGACUGGCACUAUGGGCGACGCCAUACCAUCGAGGGUACGACGUGAAUGACAUGUCGAUACGACUGCCUUACAAGGACCAGCUUGUAUCCGUCAGCGCUCUAGCGGGGCAGGAUUCGCUUUCAUGGUUUGUACGAUACUCCUAGUGGAAAUAAUUCGAGACAAAAAAGGGAAGGGUGCUGGUGAGAGGUUCCUAUCAGGGUCUGUGAUGCCCGGCUGGGUCUGGGAGAGCUACCGAAGUAUUGGUGUCUUCGCCUUUGGAGCAUCCUGUCAGCAACUUACGUCAGACUUCGCCAAAUACGUUAUUGGUAGACUAAGGCCACAUUUCUAUGAAGUUUGCAUGCCGUUCCCUGUAGCAAACUCCUCAGCGAACAUUCUGGGGUACAUCAAUGACUAUAAAUGUGGAGGUAACGACGCAGCCAAGAUUCAAGAAGCCAGACUAUCCUUUCCCAGCUCACACGCUAGUUUCUCCAUGUAUUGCGCUGUGUUCUUUAUUUUCUACAUCCAAGAAAAGGGCAAGUGGCGUGGGUCGAAGCUGUUACGUCACGCUAUACAGUAUGCCGUGCUGAUUGGUGCUUGGUUUGUGGGCUUGUCUCGAGUCCAGGACAACAUGCACCACUGGAGCGAUGUCGCUGCCGGGUUCCUUAUUGGAGCUACGUUUGCUUCUCUUGUGUUUAUCUACGUACUAAAACCGAAGAAGUACGGUCUCCCAGUAGCUUGGGAGGAGCCACCGCUACCAACGAGUACGUUGACAGUACCAAGAGCCGUCCUGUCUUCAAUGGGAUCAACACGAUGA